GCUGGAAGUGACACCAGAGGGUGGGUGGAGCUGGGAGUGUUAUCCGCUGUGCAGUUCUGUUGUGUUUCUGACGACGAUGAUGAAGUUGGCUUACUGGGAUAUUCGAGGGCUUGCUCAGCCCAUUCGCCUGCUGUUGGAGUACACUGGCACUGAAUGGGAAGAUAAAUUCUAUUCCUGUGGUGAAGCUCCCAAUUAUGAUAAAAGCUGCUGGUUUGAUGAGAAAGCCACGCUUAAAAUGGACUUUCCUAAUCUGCCCUACCUUGAGGAUGGCGAGAGGAAGAUUGUGCAGAGUAACGCCAUCCUGAGAUACAUUGCCCGCAAACACAACCUCUGUGGAGAGACGGAGGACGAGAAGAUCAGAGUGGAUAUCCUGGAGAAUCAGGCAAUGGACUUCCGCAACGGUUUCGUCAUUCUCUGUUAUCGAGAUUAUGAUACCAUGAAGCAAGGCUACUUGGAUGCACUGCCAGGAACUCUGAAGCAAUUCUCUGCAUUUUUGGGGGAGAGGAAGUGGUUUGUUGGUGAUAAGAUCACAUUUGUGGACUUCGUCAUGUAUGAAUUGUUGGACCAGCACCGCAUGUUUGAGCCCAAAUGCCUGGAUGACUUCAAGAACCUCAAAGAUCUCCUCGACAGAUUUGAGGCACUUGAGAAGAUCUCGGCAUACAUGAAAUCAAGCAGGUUCAUGAAAACACCUGUCAACAACAAGAUGGCAAAGUGGGGAAACAAGAAGGAGUGAAGACUGGCACGCUUUUGUGAUGGUCCUCUGAAGUACUGCUACUGCAGGUGACGUUAAUGGAGUUUUUGUCAAGCAGUGUUCUAAAUCGCCUUCAAAAGCCUUAAAAUGUAAAAAACAGUGUGUAAUCAAAUUAUGUGAACGUAUUUUGGAAAGAACGUGAAUAAAGACAAGUACAGCACUUAUAAUUUCAAUUCGAAUUGUUUAAAGGAGGGGAAAAAAGAUGACUUGUUUAAAAGUUUGAUGCUUUUGUUAACUACUUUUAAAAAUGACAUUGUACUCCAUUCUUAUUUUCACACAAUAAAAACAGGAAGUUUUUUGUUCAUUA